AACGUAGCUCGUCCCCGGCUGACGUUCCCGGAGACGGGAGCCUGCCGGCGGAGCGCAGCAGUCCGGCCCUGCCGGGCGCCUGCUCCCGCGCUCGGCGCUGACCACCCCGCCGAGGGGAUGCUGCCCCUCCGCCCCGCGCUGCUGCCCAAGCGCUACCGCGGCGGCUCGGCUCCGCGCUCGCGGCCGGGCCGCGCGGCCGCCCGAGCGGCGGCGGCAGGAGGAGGAGAGGGGCGCGGCAGCGGCGGCGGCCCCGGCGACGGCGGCUCCCCCGCGCUGGUCCCGCGCGGCGGCGCCGGGUCGGUGCGGGUGCCGGUCCGGCGGCGCGGGCCGGGGUCGCCGCGGGCUGCCCGGAGGGGGGCGGAGCAGGAGCCGCCGCGCCCGUGCGCGCGCUGGCCGGUAGGGGCCGCUGCCGCUCCCCGCAGGGCGCGGGGGGGCGGGGCCGGCGGGCGCGGCGCGAGGCCCGGUCGCGCGGCGGCGGCGGCCUCGCUCCUGUUGGCCCAGCCGGCGGCGGCCAUGGCGGCCGUGCUGUCCCCGCGCCUCUGCGACAGCGACCCGGCCACGCCCGGCGCGCAGUCCCUCAAGGAUGACACAGAAGAAAAUUCCAAUGAUGGCAGCCAGCCAUCCAAAAGACGGCGUAUGGGCUCAGGGGACAGUUCUCGGAGCUGUGAAACUUCCAGUCAAGACCUUGGAUAUAGUUAUUUUCCUGCUGAAAAUCUGAUAGAAUACAAAUGGCCACCCGAUGAAACAGGAGAAUACUAUAUGCUUCAGGAGCAAGUCAGUGAAUAUUUGGGUGUGACUUCCUUUAAAAGAAAAUAUCCAGAUUUAGAAAGACGAGAUUUAUCUCACAAGGAGAAACUCUACCUCAGAGAACUAAACGUUAUCACAGAGACUCAAUGCACACUAGGUCUAACAGCUUUGCGUAGUGAUGAAGUAAUUGAUCUUAUGAUUAAAGAAUACCCUGCCAAACAUGCUGAGUAUUCUGUUAUACUGCAGGAGAAAGAGCGGCAGCGAAUAACAGAUCAUUACAAGGAGUAUUCUCAAAUGCAGCAGCAGAACACACAGAAAGUAGAAGCCAGUAAAGUUCCAGAAUAUAUUAAAAAAGCUGCCAAGAAAGCUGCAGAAUUCAACAGCAAUUUAAACCGAGAGCGGAUGGAAGAAAGAAGAGCCUAUUUUGAUUUACAGACACAUAUUAUCCAGGUGCCUCAAGGAAAAUACAAAGUCUUGCCUACAGAAAGAACAAAGGUUAGCCCUUAUCCAGUGGCUCUCAUACCCGGCCAGUUCCAGGAAUACUACAAAAGAUACUCUCCAGAUGAACUUCGUUACUUGCCAUUAAACACGGCUCUUUAUGAACCGCCUUUGGAUCCGGAGCUGCUUACACUGGACAGUGAUGGAGAUUCAGAUGAUGCAGAGGAAGGGCGAGGUGAUGAAAAAAGGAAAACCAAAGGCAAUUCGGACAAUUCGUCUGGCAAUGUAUCUGAAGGUGAUUGCGCCACAGACAACCAGGAGGAUUCUUUUCAGGGAAGACAAAAAACAAGAGACAAAAGUGCUACUCCAAGAAAAGAUGGUUCCAAACGUUCUGUAUUACCCAAAUCAGUUCCUGGGUACAAGCCAAAGGUCAUUCCAAAUGCUAUAUGUGGAAUUUGUCUGAAGGGUAAGGAGUCCAACAAGAAAGGAAAACCUGAAGCUCUUAUACAUUGCUCCCAGUGUGACAACAGUGGCCACCCUUCUUGCCUUGAUAUGACCCCGGAGCUUGUUGCUAUGAUUAAGACUUACCCUUGGCAAUGUAUGGAGUGUAAAACGUGCAUUAUAUGUGGGCAGCCUCACCAUGAAGAAGAAAUGAUGUUCUGUGACGUAUGUGACCGUGGUUAUCACACUUUUUGUGUGGGGCUUGAUGCUAUCCCUUCAGGUCGCUGGAUUUGUGAUUGUUGUCAGAAAGAGCCUCCUGUACCCAGAAGAGGAGGAAGAAGGGGGAAAAACAGCAAGGAGGGCUAAAAAAACCCCUAAAAACUUGCUGUCCAAAACUUAACUGCACAAAUUAAAACGAUACUCUGGUGCUAUUUAAUCAACCACUCUAUAAGAGGAGCAAUACCACUUUUUUUUCCUUUUUACUAAAUAAACUUUGUCUAUAUAAUGA